CUGAGUUUUUUCUUUGAUUUGGUGGUGGUGGUAAAAAAACCAAGUUCAGAGCGGAGAUGUGGACGCUGUAGAGAUUCACUGAAAGGUGGCGAGUUAGUCUUUAUGUAUGCUGUCUCCGUCUUCCCGAGAGCUUCUGUUCAGCAGCGGGCUGUUUUUUAUUCCUGAGCUCGGAGACAGAGGCGAAGAAGGAGAAGCGUGAGGAGCGGAGCGAGUCGUGUCAGUACGAGGACAACAACAUCUGGCUCAAACUGGAACUGUACCUGUGAAAGGAGUUAUUAAUAACCUCUGUUUUGAAGAUGUGCACUCCUUGCUGUGUAUCUCAGCUGGCCUGCUGCUGCGGUUCAGCUGCCUGCUCACUGUGCUGCAGCUGUUGUCCCAAGAUCAAACAGUCCACGGGGACGCGCUUCAUGUACGCUCUUUACUUCAUGCUGGUCACCGUCAUCUGCGUCAUCAUGAUGUCACCCACCAUAGAGAAGGAAAUAAAGGAACAUGUUCCAAUGUACCAGGAUAUAUGCAAAACGCUGAGUGCGGGAGAAAACUGCAGUGCCCUAGUGGGCUACUCUGCUGUGUACAAAGUCUGCUUUGGAAUGGCCUGCUUCUUCUUCUUCUUCUCCGUGUUCACCUUACGAGUGCGAACCAGCACAGGGUGCCGGGCGGCCAUCCAUAACGGAUUCUGGUUUUUCAAGUUUGUGGCUUUGCUGGCCUGCUGUGCAGGAGGCUUCUUCCUACCAGAUGAACAAAAGUUUCUUGAAGUGUGGCGUUAUGUGGGGGCUGCCGGGGGUUUCCUCUUCCUCCUCAUUCAGCUCAUGCUCCUGGUUGAGUUUGCUCAUAGAUUGAAUCAGAACUGGACGUCAGGAGCAGAGUAUAAUAAGCUGUGGUACGCGGCUCUGGCCUUUGUUACUCUGGUACUGUUUUCCGUGGCUGUAGGAGCCGUGGUGUUCAUGGCCAUGUUCUACACACAUUCCGAGGCCUGCUUUCUCAACAAGAUCUUCCUGGGAGUGAACUCGGGUCUCUGCGUUGUCAUCUCACUGCUGGCCAUCUCACCCUGCGUUCAGACAUUCCAGCCCACCUCAGGCCUGCUCCAGCCUGCUAUUAUCAGCGUCUACGUCAUGUACCUCACCUUCUCCGCACUGGCCAGCAAACCUGUUGAAAUGGUGGAGCAAAAUGGAACAAACGUUGCAGUCUGCGUCUUUUCCUACAACUCCAACUCAGAGAGUGACCGCAAGAUAGUGAAGGGUGUGGGAACAACAAUUUUGUUCUGCUGUGUGCUUUACUCCUGUUUGACUUCCACCACAAAGAGAAGCUCAGCAGCUUUGCGAGUGUACAGAAAUUCUGUGCCUGAAAAUGAGAGAGCACGCUGCUGCUUCUGUUGCAGUGAUAGUGGAGAUGACUAUGACGAUGAGGAGAAGACUUCAGGAGGACAGAACGUUAUUUAUGAUGAGCGAGAGGGCACCGUCUACAGCUACGCCUACUUCCACUUUGUCUUCUUCCUUGGCUCUCUCUAUGUCAUGAUGACCUCCACAAACUGGUUCCACUAUGAGGACGCUAAGAUCGAGAGGCUGUUGGAAGGGAGCUGGUCCAUUUUCUGGAUCAAGAUGGCAUCUUGCUGGGUGUGUCUCGCUCUCUACAUGUGGACCCUGGUGGCCCCCGUGCUCUUCCCAAAGAGGUUUGAAGCAUAAAAGCAAUCUCCAAAUACGUCCUACCACCACUGUUCACAAAAAAAACAUUUUGCAGACUGUUUUCUGUUACCAGCUUCUUUUUUUACAUUUCUGUUUUUAUUUGUACUAGUUAUAAAGUUAUACGAUGCCUUAAAGGCAUUUUUUCUAGACAAAUUUCUGGAGAUUUGUUACAGAUGUGGGUUUUUUAAUUCCAUUUUGCCGACUCAGAAGUCAGGAGUGUGUUUCAUUUUUGUAAGAAAAAAAAAUCAUGAAGGUAUGAAAACAAACCAUUGCUCA